UGCGUGUUUUCAUAAACAAAACACAUUUUUCUCCCGCCGGUGCCGCAGCUCGGUCCUCCUGCUGUCAGCCUGCCAGCAUUGUCGGAUUUCAGCUCCUGCCUUUAGACGACAGAAAGCUUCCGAGCUGGUUUAUUUUAUCUAAAGAAAGAAGAAGAGUCGGUUUAACGGAGGCUGUGUGUCAGAGCUGCCGCCAGCGCAUGGCCGACCGUUUGUACCGAGACGACCUGUCGACCGUAAAGCUGCUUUAAUUUGGACGUUUUUCAGCUGUCAGCAGCAUUGGUCCGCUGUGUAGACUUUAACCAUCAUCUUUAUUAUCAGACAUGGUGAAGCUGACUAAAGCGAAGACGUUCCAGGCCUACCUGGACUCCUGCCACCGUCGCUACAGCUGCGUGCACUGCCGUGCCCACCUGGCAAACCAUGACGAUCUGAUCUCAAAGUCUUUCCAAGGCAGCCAGGGCAGAGCCUACCUCUUCAACUCUGUCGUCAACAUCGGCUGCGGUCCUGCAGAGGAGAGGCUGCUGCUCACGGGACUUCACGCAGUCGCCGACAUCUACUGUGAAAACUGUCACACCACGCUGGGUUGGAAAUAUGAACAGGCCUUCGAGCUGAGUCAGAAGUACAAGGAGGGGAAGUUCAUCAUCGAGCUGUCCCACAUGAUAAAGGACAACGGCUGGGACUGAGCGGGCAGCCUUCGUCUUUCUCCAUGACUUUUUCAUAAGUUGCAUCCCGCUCGUCUUCAAAAGGUGUAGCUUCCUCAUCCCGCUCCAGAGCCAUCGCUGUGCCACACUUUUCACUUCGUCCGGCUUUGCCAAGAAUAGCAUGUGAUGCCUUAUGUCUUCUGUUCUUCAUGUUCUUCCAGUGAUCACAACAACAUGUUUGCUGAGAUUUCUAUCCCGCCUGCUAGUUGUGCUGGGACAUGGACCGAGUGAGUGUCGGGGUUUGUGUGUGUGAGAGACUGGGAGGUGUAGUCGCACAGACACGUGUGUGAGUGCUGGAUUUUCAAGUGUUUGAGUGAUUAAACCCUCGUAAGCGACCACGGAACAGCCUCAGUCUUUAGGGGGCGGGGCCAAUGAGAGUCAAAUAAUCUGACCUUACAAAUGGAAUGCAGAUUUUUUGGGUUUUCCUUUUGAGUUAAAGGUGCACACUUAGAUUUAUCCGACCCAGUUCAACCCGUAGAUCAUGUUUGAGUGAUUCAGAGGUUUGGGAAUGCUUAGAGCGACGGAACGGGCUUGUUGUUGUUUUUGUUUUUUUUAUCAGUGAAUUCAUGUUUUUUAUAUGAGAAUAGUAACUUUAGUUCUAUUUUUGCCAAAUGCAAUCAGGAUGUUGAAAUAUUAACGCUAAAUCCUGCAAAAGUCUCCUGCAGAUUCAGAAAUUUAGAGCAAGAGUCUGCUUGUAUGGAUGAGUUUUACCAUGUGUGUGUGUGUGCGCUGAGACGUCUUUGCUUUAGUCUUUGGUUCACAUCUAGAGUUUCCUGCACAGUUUUGGGACGUUUUCACUUUUACUGAACGCUGCUGAGAUCUGUCCUUCAUGUGUUUCCUGUACAGCCUUACACCGAGCCGCCCUUACACACAUCAUGGCAUUUACUCAAUCGUGUUAGAAAGCAGAGUGUGAUUAGGAUCAUGUAGCAUAUUUAUGGUGAUUUUUAAUGUCUGCUUCUUUCAUUAAAGUGUAUUAUUUUAACCUGAUCUUUCAUUAAAAGGCAGAGGUGUCUGUAA